UGCUGUUAUCGUCCGCCGUCCGUCCGAAGAGAGGAGUCCGGUCGGGAGCUUUGCUCGCGGGAGCGGCAGGCGGGCGGUUACGGCGCGGUGGCUCUUCCAGCCGGGGACAUGUCGAGGCGGGUGGGGCUCCGGCAAGCCGCUUGGAGGAGACGAGUGGCCGCCGAGGCGACGGCGGCGCCCGACUCGAGUUCCUCCGGGAGACUGCGCCGCUCGACGGCACCCCGGCCCUGAGCCCAGGCAGCGCAGGCGGACGCGGCCCGCGGAAGGGAAUUCAACUGCACAGCUAAGUACCGAAGGCCUCUUUGGCACCAGGAAGUGCAAUAAUGAAGCUGUUGGAAAACUCCAGUUUUGAAGCCAUCAACUCCCAGUUGACAGUGGAAACGGGAGACGCACAUAUUAUUGGCAGGAUCGAGAGCUAUUCGUGCAAGAUGGCCGGGGACGACAAGCACCACUUCAAGCAGUUUUGCCAGGAGGGUCAGCCACAUGUCCUGGAGGCUCUGUCGCCGCCCCAGACCACCGGCAUCAGCCCUAACCGGCUCAGCAAGAGCCAGAGUGGAGAUGAAGAAGGACCCCUCAGUGACAAGUGCAGCCGCAAGACCCUCUUCUACCUGAUUGCCACCCUGAACGAAUCUUUCCGCCCGGACUAUGACUUCAGCGCUGCCAAGAGCCACGAGUUCAGCCGGGAGCCCAGCCUCAACUGGGUGGUGAAUGCCGUGAACUGCAGCCUCUUUUCUGCCGUCCGGGAGGAUUUCACUGCCCUGAAGCCUCACCUGUGGGACGCAGUGGACCAGGAGAUCUGCCUCUCUGAGUGCGACAUCUACAGCUACAACCCGGAUCUGGAUUCGGACCCUUUUGGGGAGGAGGGCAGCCUCUGGUCGUUCAACUACUUCUUCUACAACAAGCGCUUGAAGAGGAUUGUCUUCUUCACUUGUCGCUCCAUCAGCGGCUCCACCUACCCUCACUCCGAGGCUGGGAACGAAUUGAACAUGGACCUCAGUGAGGACGAUGCUGAGGAGACCCCCGGCAGCUGCGACAGGGACGGGGGCAGCAUUGAGGCGGAGAAGAGGCAGGUGGUCUGCAUGUGAUUCCCCACGCCGGGGGCUUCUCCCACGAAGGACGGCGCUGCCAGCUCUUUCCCCAAACAUCUUGGCGUUGUUGCAUUGCUCUGCCUGCCCUGCGGAUGCUGCGUGAGCAGUUGGUGCCUCCAGAUGCCCAGGAUAGUGCCAGCAAGUCCUCUGCCCACCCGCUCAGCCUUCAGGGAUCCGAUUCUUGCCCGUCAGCGGCCUUGUGACUCUGCGUCUUUCCUGCCGUGCCCAGUGGACACAACAUUUUGCAGGGUGGGAGUCGCAGCCCUCACGCUGGCUAAUGGGAGGGGCUCCUUUUAGCCUUGAGACCCUGGAAGGAGAAACCGAAUUAACCCGGGAACAGGAUGGAGAGACUCUCUCCCCCACCCUUGUGAAAUUCCCCCUCCCAAGACUUUUGGCAUCGAGUAGCUGGACUGGCAUUUGGAGCCCGUGGCUCUCCCGCUUCCCCCAAGGGCUCCUAGAGAUUUUAUUUUUGUAUUCCUGCUAAGGGUCUGCCUGCGCCUGCGCCCCUCCCCAGCACUUUCACCAGCUGCAGCAGCAGCAGCACCGGCUCCCCCUCCCCAGAGACUGAUGGAGGCUGGCUUGCCACCCCCCAACAGGAGCCCCCAGCAGCGCUCUCUGCUCUGAGGGGGCCAGGGCUGUCCGUCCAUUUACCCGUCCAUCCAUCGGAACAGCAGGCCCCCUCCCCUUCUGCCCUGCUCUCCUUCUGCACUGACUCUGGGGGGGGGGUGUAUCUUUGUCUGUCUGUUUUGGGGGAGUGGGCAGGUGCCAUCAUCUCUGUUGCAGACAUUUGAACAGCCUGCCCCCCCUCCCCCCACUAGAGCCAAUGGUGGCCAAAGAAUGGUGGGGGACAGCAAUUUCCCACAAUUCCCUGCCCCUGCCUUCAAAUAGGGUGCAGUAUAAAGGGGGGGGGCGCUAUCCUCCAGGGCGCCCUCCAAAAUUCAGCCUUGGAUAAAGACACUCCGAAUCUGCCCCAUUGCAGGAGCACUUAAUGGUUGGUCCCUCCGGAAGACGGGUGGGGGUGGGAGUCCCCCCAACAUUCAGUUCCCCUCCUUGUUCCCUCCACCCCCUUGUUGGCUAGUGGUUCUGUUGGCCAGGCUAUAAAAGGUUUUCCUCGCUCUGA